CUGGAAAUGGUAUUCUUCUCUUCUUUUCUGGACAUAUAUCUUAGUUUGGACAAGAAGGAGUGUGUGUUUGUGAGAGUGUGAGUGAGUGUGUAUGUGUGUGUAUGGUUGCUGUGGGGACGUGGCUGAUGUUUGAUAAUGGCUCAUGCGGCGUCUCAGAUUAAGAAGAAUAAAGAUGUGGAUAUUAACGCACUGGAGGAUGAAAAAGAGAGAAAGAGGAAGAGCAGGAAACACCCGCGGGAACAAAAGAAAAAGUCGGACAGCAAUGCCAGUUACCUGCGGGCAGCAAGGGCAGGGAACCUUGAGAAGGUACUCGACUACCUGAAGACUGGUGUCGACAUCAACAUCUGUAAUCAGAAUGGGUUGAAUGCAUUGCACUUGGCAUCCAAAGAGGGGCAUGUGGAGGUGGUGGUUGAGCUGCUCAAACUGGGCGCCAACGUAGAUGCAGCAACCAAGAAAGGAAACACGGCGCUACACAUUGCCUCAUUGGCUGGACAGGCGGACGUGGUAAAAGAACUAGUGACCAAUGGAGCCAACGUCAAUGCACAAAGCCAGAAUGGCUUUACCCCACUGUACAUGGCAGCUCAGGAAAACCAUCUGGAUGUGGUGCGCUUCCUCUUGGAGAACAACUCCAGCCAGAGCAUUGCCACUGAGGAUGGAUUUACGCCAUUAGCUGUAGCCCUGCAGCAGGGUCAUGAUCAGGUGGUUUCUCUGUUGUUAGAGAAUGACACGAAAGGUAAAGUCCGUCUGCCUGCUCUCCACAUCGCCGCCCGCAAGGAUGACACCAAAUCUGCAGCUCUGCUUCUUCAGAAUGACCACAACGCAGAUGUAGAGUCCAAGAGCGGUUUCACUCCUCUCCACAUUGCUGCCCACUAUGGAAACAUCAAUGUUGCCACACUACUAUUAAACAGAGGGGCAGCAGUAGACUUCAUGGCAAGGAAUGACAUCACUCCGCUGCAUGUGGCAGCUAAGAGAGGGAAUGGAAACAUGGUGAAAUUGCUGCUGGACCGAGGAGCAAAGAUUGAGGCCAAGACCAAGGAUGGUUUAACCCCUUUGCAUUGUGGAGCACGCAGUGGACACGAGCAGGUUGUUGAGAUGCUACUGGACAGAGGAGCCCCCAUCCUGUCCAAGACUAAAAACGGUCUGUCUCCACUGCACAUGGCGACCCAAGGGGAUCACCUGAACUGCGUCCAACUGCUUCUCCAGCACAAUGCCCCUGUGGAUGAUGUCACCAAUGAUUACCUGACCGCACUGCAUGUGGCCGCUCACUGCGGACAUUACAAAGUGGCCAAAGUCAUUGUGGAUAAGAAGGCCAACCCUAACGCGAAAGCCUUGAAUGGUUUCACACCUCUUCAUAUUGCCUGUAAGAAGAACCGAGUGAAGGUGAUGGAACUGCUGUUAAAACAUGGGGCUUCACUGCAGGCAGUCACUGAGUCGGGUUUGACACCCAUCCAUGUUGCCGCGUUUAUGGGUCAUGAGAACAUAGUGAAACAGCUCACGCAUCACGGAGCCUCACCCAACACUACCAACGUGAGAGGUGAAACGGCAUUGCACAUGGCAGCGAGGGCAGGCCAGGUUGAUGUUGUCAGAUAUCUGCUACAGAAUGGUGCUAAAGUGGACAUCAAAGCCAAGGAUGACCAAACAGCCCUGCAUAUAGCUAGUCGUCUAGGAAAGUUGGAGAUUGUGCAGCAGUUGCUGCAGAAGGAGGCAUUACCCAGUGUCGCCACCACCUCCGGCUACACCCCUCUUCACCUAGCCGCCCGCGAGGGUCAUCAGGAAAUAGCAGCUCUCCUGUUGGAGCAGGGAGCCUCCCUUUCUGCAGCAACCAAGAAAGGGUUCACUCCCCUGCAUGUGGCCACUAAGUAUGGACAGCUGGAAGUGGCCAGUCUUCUACUACAGAAGAAAGCUGCACCAGAUGCUGCAGGCAAGAAUGGCUACACUCCACUCCACAUUGCGGCUAAGAAGAAUCAGUUGGAGAUUGGGACGACGUUGCUGGAAUAUGGGGCGGAGUGUAACACAGUGACCCGUCAGGGCAUCAGCCCUCUGCAUCUAGCCGCACAGGAAGGCAGUGUAGACCUAGUUUCUCUACUGCUUUGCAAACACGCUAAUGUUAAUAUGAGCAAUAAGAAUAGUCUCACACCGCUGCACCUGGCAGCACAGGAUGAUAGGGUGGGAGUGGCUAAAGUUCUGUUGAACCACGGAGCAGAGAUUGAUGCCCAAACUAAGAGUGGAUACACUCCAUUGCACAUAGCGUGUCAUUAUGGCAACAUGAAGAUGGCCAACUUUCUGUUAGAUAAUCAAACAAGAGUCAAUGCCAAAACAAAGAAUGGUUACACUCCCCUUCACCAAGCAGCACAGCAAGGCCACACCCACAUCAUUAAUAUGCUUCUACAAUAUGGAGCUUCAGCCAAUGAGCUCACAGUGAAUGGGAACACAGCUCUCUCCAUUGCUCGGCGACUAGGGUACAUCUCCGUAGUGGACACACUAAGAGGAGUUACAGAUGAGAACCUCACUGCCAUGCCUGUAACUGAGAAACACAAGAUCAAUGUCCCGGAGACCAUGAACGAGUUCCUAGACAUGUCUGAUGAUGAAGGUGAGGAUGCUAUGACCGGCGAGACUGAAAAGUAUCUUCGUCCGCAAGAUCUGAAGGAAUUGGGGGAUGACUCCCUGCCGCAGGAGGGCUACAUGGGAUUUAGUAUCGGAGCCCGCUCUGCCAGUCUGCGCUCCUUCAGCUCAGACAGGUCCAACACUCUAAACAGAAGCUCAUUCGCUCGGGACAGCAUGAUGAUUGAAGAGAUGCUGGCACCCACCAAAGACACGCUUCAGGGCGUAUUUAAAGAUAUUUCCUACAUGGUGGACCCCCAGAAUAAGCACCUCGCUAUCACUCGUGAAUACAACAGCGAGUGUGUGCGACGAUACAGCUGGACCCCGGACACAGUGGACCACUCGCACAACACUGUGUGCAGUCCUGUGCACUCUGGCCCUUCUUCCCCGCUUCCUCAGUAUGACUCCAGGUUCCUGGUGAGUUUCAUGGUGGACGCUCGGGGUGGGUCGAUGAGAGGGAGUCGUCAUGAUGGGAUGCGUAUAAUCAUUCCACCCAGGAAGUGCCCAGCACCGACACGGAUCACCUGCCGCUUGGCAAAGCGCCACCGCCUGACAUACCCGCCCCCUAUGGUGGAGGGGGAGGGCCUUGUGAGCAGACUAGUGGAGAUGGGGCCAGCCUGGGCACAGUUUUUAGGGCCUGUGAUAGUAGAAAUCCCUCAUUUCGGCUCCAUGCGAGGGAAGGAGAGAGAGCUGAUCGUGCUACGCAGCGACAAUGGAGAGACCUGGAAAGAGCAUCAUUAUGACUGUAAACUGGCAGAGCUCACACCUAUCCUUAAUGGCAUGGACGAGGUGCUGGACAGCCAAGAAGAGCUGGAGAAGAAACGUAUCUGCCGCAUAGUCACAAAAGAUUUCCCGCAAUACUUUGCGGUGGUGUCUCGCAUCAAGCAAGAAAGUGACCACAUGGGGCCGGAGGGCGGGGUCUUGAGCAGUGAGGCAGUUCCCAUGGUGAAGGCUGCCUUUCCCCAGGGAGCUCUUACUAAGAAAAUUCGCGUUGGACUACAGGCACAGCCAGUGCCAGAGGACAUGGUGCGGACCAUCAUUGGUAACAGAGCAUCCUUUAGCCCGAUUGUUACUGUGGAGCCCAGGAGAAGAAAAUUUCACAAGCCCAUCACCAUGACAAUACCUGUGCCACCCAGAUCCAAAGAGGCUGUUGCUAAUGGAUGCAAAGGAGAACCUGCCCCCUGCCUUAGACUGCUUUGUAGCAUCACAGGUGGAACAUCCCCUGCCCAGUGGGAAGAUAUCACUGGGACCACUCCACUCUCCUUUGUCACAGACUGUGUGUCCUUUACAACAAAUGUGUCUGCCAGAUUUUGGUUGGCAGAUUGUCAGCAGAUCAGUGAGACGGUAGGUUUAGCAACUCAGUUGUAUCGAGAGCUAAUUUGUGUUCCAUACCUGGCCAAGUUUGUGGUGUUUGCUAAAAUGAUCGACCCUGUCGAGUCCCGACUGCAUUGCUUUUGUAUGACUGAUGACAAAGCGGACAAAACUCUGGAACAGCAGGAGAACUUUGAGGAGGUGGCAAGGAGCAAAGACAUUGAGAUGCUGGAGGGCAAGCCCAUUCAUGUAGAAUGCUACGGUAACAUCUCUCCUCUGACAAAGAGUGGCCAGCAAUUCAUCUUCAACUUCUAUGCCUUCAAAGAGAACCGACUCCCAUUCAACAUAAAGGUCAGAGAUAUGGGCCAAGAACCUUGUGGGAGAAUCUCUUUCCUCAGAGAACCCAAAACCCCUAAAGGCCAGUCACAAAGUGCAAUCUGCAACCUAAAUUUCACACUGCCAACAUAUAGAAAGGAAAUGGAGUCGGAUCCUGAAGAUGAGAAUGACAAAGAUCGACGACAUACCUUUGCCUCAUUAGCAUUGCGAAAGCGCUACAGCUAUCUGGCCGAUCCAGCAUCCAAAACAGCUGAAAGAGGCCAAAACACCACUCCAAAAACCACACCGCAGCCUUCUGGCUACGCUUACAAGCCUGUCUUUACGACGCGCUCCUACCAGGCUUGGGCAACAAGCUCUCCUGUCAGUGUGCCUGGCCAGGCCAAGUCUGGAUUUGGCUCCCUCUCCAGCUCCUCAUCCAACACUCCCUCAGCCUCCCCACUGAGGUCGGUGUGGUCUGUGAACUCUGCUUCUCCUAUAAAAUCCAUCAUUGGAGGUUCACCAGCAUCUUCCAUCAAAUCUGCCAGCGAUGUUGCAUCACCAAUUCGAUCUUACAGAACCAUCUCCUCACCUAUAAAGACUGUAGUUCAAGGUGCUCAAUACCCAGUCCAAGCCUCCCCCACCCUUCUGUCUUCUCCAGGGAAGAAUGCUCCUGAUCCGGUCUCAGUUAAAGGCCUGGCAGGCCUAUUAGCCAGGACCUCUCCGGUACCAUCUGGAGGGAACUUGCUGGAAAGAUCCUCCAUUGCUAUGACCCCUCCAUCCUCACCCAAGUCUUCUCUGAACAUGUACAGCUCAAAUUUGCCCUAUAAGUCUGUUGUAACAUCAAACCCACCAGCAACCUGCUCGCCCAUUAAAACUGUCCCAGUUUUCUCCUCUAUCAGAACCAGCACUGAUGCCUCUGGCUCUGCCAGAUUCCUUUCAUCCCUCUCCUCACCAUUGAAAUCCGGCUCUGCCACAACAGCAGCUGCGCUGAUCAAUGGAACCAUUUCCCCAACCAAAUAUCGCUCCUCCUCACCAACAACCCAUCUUACCAGCACUCUGCAGGAAAGGAUUCAAGCCACAACAAAUGCAGCAACAACAAGUGUGAAUGCUGCCUUUGAUGAAGUAGAAAAAACUUUUAAUUCCUGCUCUGCUGGCUAUGGCACUCUGAAGUCAAUGUCUUCCACUCCCUCAUCCUCUUACCAGUCUAUCCGUUCCUCUGCAUCCAACUCAUUGUAUGCCUCCCUCAGAUCUCCCCCCAACUCUACCACUUCAGUCACUUCCAGCACUAUAACAGUGCCUGUCUAUUCCGUUAUAAAUGUCUUACCAGAACACCAGUUUAAAAAGCUCCCUGAAGUCUCUAAGUCAACAGCUGCUCUCCUGUCCCCCAGAAAGGCGAUGCCCCAAGAGGUUAAUGCCCAGACUCAGUCCUCUUUUGCCAGAACUCUGUCCCCUGUCAAAACUCCCCUGCACAUGUCCCCAGGAAUACUAAAAUCUGCUUCCUCUUCAUCCCCUCUGUCCAACAGCCAGGAGAUACUGAAAGAUGUGGCUGAAAUGAAGGAGGACUUAAUCAGAAUGUCUGCCCUUUUGCAAACUGAUACCAGUUCAACCUCUAAAGGUUAUCAGUCUGACUUAAAAGAGCAUAAAGUGGAGGAUGAGGAGCCUUACAAGAUUGUAGAGAAAGUCAAACAGGACCUAGUCAAAGUCAGUGAAAUUCUCAGCAAGGAUGUUUUGAGAGAAAGUAAGGCAAAUAUUAAAAACAGCAAGACACAAGAUGUCCUAGAGAAUUACAUUAAUGAUAAUUCUCAAAAUGAAUGGAGAUGCCCCCCUCGAUAUGAAACAUUAGCCCCUCAAGUCAAAACAAAACCAGUUUCUGACAGAGAUUUUAACCUUGCAAAAGUUGUUGACUACCUAACCAAUGACAUUGGCACAAGCUCUCUUUCAAAAAUAGCAGAGGCUAAACAAAGGACAGAAGAAGCAAGGAAAGAAGGAGAGGAGAAACAAAAACGUGUCCUGAAACCUGCAAUGGCAUUACAGGAACACAAGCUCAAAAUGCCUCCAACGAAUAUGCGUCCUUCUCCUUCAGAGAAAGAACUUUCAAAGCUAGCUGAUGCAUUGUUUGGCCCUGAAAUAGCACUGGACUCUCCAGAUGAUGUCUCACAUGACCAAGACAAGAGUCCACUCUCAGACAGCGGGUUCGAGACUCGUAGUGAGAGAACCCCCUCGGCCCCCCAAAGUGCAGAAGGAAUGGGGCCCAAAGGCCUCUUUCAGGAGAUUCCCCCAGUCAUCACUGAAACACGCACUGAGGUUGUUCAUGUUAUACGAAGCUAUGAGCCUCCAGAGGAUCAUAAGGAGCCAGUAUUGGAGGAGCCUAGGAUGGCUAAACCUCCUCUGCGGGGUGCUGAGGCUGAGCCGCGAUCACCAGUUGGGUCUAUAAAGGAAAGGGUGAAAGCUUACCAAGCUAGACUCAAUGCAGAGGAUGAUGUGAUGGGCAAAGGUAUGCGGGUCAAAGAGGAAACCCACAUAACAACAACUACAAGAAUGGUAUACCACAAACCUCCCACUAAAGAGGCUGGACCUGAAAGGAUGGAGGAGACCAUGUCUGUACGAGACAUAAUGAAGGCCUUCCAGUCUGGGAAGGAUCCAUCCAGAGAGUUAUCGGACCUGUUUGAGCACAAACGCAGCAAUGAAGGGACAGAGCCUUCUCUUAGGCCUCUAGACCCAAUUCCAAAAGUUGAGCGCAUCAUUGAGGUUCACAUAGAGAAAGGCAAUAAAGCUGAACCAACUGAAGUAAUUAUCAGAGAAACAAAAAAUCACCCAGAGAAAGAAAUGUACAUAUAUCAAGGCAACAGUGGAUUUAAAGAACUACAAAAUAGGAUGGGCAAUGAGCAACAUGACAACAUAGAAACUGAGGAAUUAUUUCCUUGUUAUCUGGACUCCAGGAUACAUACGCCUGUCUCCUUGAAGGAUGAUAAGGCCUUGAAAUUUCUGAGUCAACAAUCAGUUGAGCAUCAUGAUGAUGAGUUAUCUGAAACUAGGGGAGAAUCAUACAAGUUUGCGGAGAAAAUGACCCUCUCAGAAAAACUUGACUCUUCCCAUUCAGACUCUUCCCAUUCAGAUGAAUCUGUGAUUGACAGGUCUCGUUACUAUGGUGAGGGAACACAAGGUGGCUCAAUUAGAGAAUUUAUGUUAAAGCCUGAUAGGUCAAGUAGGUCAUCAGAAGAUGACAAUUAUGACAAACUCACUCUAUUGCAGUAUGCCUCUGAUCCCGAUAGUCCAAAAAAAUCUAUUUGGAUGAGAGUUUCAGAAGAUAGGCAGAGUAAAAAGAGAGAGAAGCAUAAAUAUGAGGACAGAGUAGAUAGAACUGUAAAAGAGGCUGAGAAAAAACUUAGUGAAGUCUCACAAUUCUUUCGUGAUAAAACUGAGAAACUGAAUGAUGAGCUUCAGUCCCCUGAGAAGCAUCGCAGGCAAGAUGCAAGAGAGACUCGUUCUGGGCCUAGCUCUACUUGCAGUAGCCCAGAGAGGUCAGUGCACAAGAAUGGAGGGACUGGAGAAGACUGGAGCAGAGACAGGUUUAGGGAUAAGUACGGUUCUCAUGACAGAAAAUGUGCCAGCCUACCAAGCAGCCCUGAAAGACGGGUUUUGCUUCAAUACAGUGAUGACCCAAAAAAGGGUGACUGCUCAUCUGCAAGCAGUGCAAGUGAAUCCUCUAAAUAUUUCCAACCCUCAACAUCUAAGGUUAGCUUAGUCAGAAUGAAAUUUGAAUCAGAGGCCCAGAAACAAGAUAAAGGGGGUCAAUGGGGUCAAACUUCAGGAUUUCCAGUGAGGAAGCUGCAGGAAAGUAAACUUCCUGUUUAUCAAGUUUUUGGUGGGGGGAAUCUCCCUAAGUCAACAGAGUCUUCAGAAAGUGAGAGAAGCCCAAAAAAAGAUGAUGAUGGUAGGCAUAGUUACAACGUUCGAAAGGCUCAAGCCUUUGCCCAAAACCAGCAGAGCGACAGACAGAGAAAUAGGUCAGAUAGCUCUUCACCAAAACAUCACCAAAAUAUGAGUAGCAAAGAACAAGUUGCAAGCGAAGACAGGAAAAUAUUCAAAACCUGGGAAAAUCAUGGCAAUGGGCAACUGAAAGCCCAAAAAACAAAGCUCACCCACACCCUAGUGCAUGAUAAGCAAAAGGAUGACUCACAAAAUGAGCAACACUCAUUCAGAGAUGAAAACACCACAAAGGAAGAAACAACUAAAAAGAUCAUUUACACAGAGCUGGUUAUUCAAGAAGACCCUAGUAAUACUGAAAAAUGCAAUGGUGCUCUAAAAAAAAACUCGGAAUCACAAAUUCCUGUUAGGGUCUCAUCUAGUUUUAUAGACCAUCAUCAAAGUAGCACAUUAAAAUUAGAUUCUUCCAUAAAAUCUCAAAGAACAGGGUCACACUUAGACAGAAGCACACAGCUACCUAGUUCUGAUUCUAACAAAUCACCUAGUGAUGUGUCAUCAGUAGUAAACUCAGAUUCUAACAGACAGAUUACUGAUAUAUUGUGUAAUGGUAUUGAUGGUAACCAAGUUGAGUAUAUUGAACAAGUGAUCCCAGAUGUCACUACAGACAUUAAACCUCUCCCAGUUUAUGUCAGCAUUCAAGUAGGUAAACAGUAUGAGAAAGAGACUGCCACUGGGCAGCUAAGCACUUACAAGAAAGUAGUAAGCCACGAGAGCCGGACAGUACAUGAAACACGUGGAGCAUUCUAUACUGUUAAACAGAAACAGACACCAUCCCCACAGGGCAGCCCUGAAGAUGACACAUUAGAGCAGGUGACGUUUAUGGACAGUUCAGGAAAGAGUCUGGUAACACCUGAGACUCCUGUCUCUGAGGAGGUCAGCAAUGACCUGAACUCCAGAACUCCUGACUCUACCAUUGGGUCAAUGACUGGAAUGCCCAGCCCAAUCCCAGAGGAGUCGGAGGAAGAAGAGCAGCCUAAGACAUUCAUUUUCAAGGAAAUACCAGCAGAUAAAGCCAAACCCAACACCCAAUCAUCAGAGCCUUCAAAAAGCAAACAAGACUCACCUGGAAAAAGGGCAAAAGACAAGCGCAUAGCUUACAUUGAGUUCCCACCACCACCACCUUUAGAGAUGGAGCAAGCUAACUCUGAAAAGAGGGGGUCAUGUCCUUCUUCUGAAACGGAAACAGAGAUGAUGGAGGUAAACCUCCAAGAGGAGCAUGACAGGCAUCUCCUUGCAGAGCCAGUAAUCAGAGUCCAGCCUCCCUCCCCUCACCCUGCUGGAGCUGAAAACAGUGACUCUAGCGAUGAUGAAUCUGUUUUUCAGCCUGCUCCCCUCAAAAAAUACACCUUCAAAAUGACUGAGGAGGGUGAGAAAUGUGUCAAGCCUAGAAAACCAGAGCGAAAUAGCUCACACCAGGAGUCAGGCAUCAAUGGCAUUGUAAAAGGAGAGGAGGUAGAAUGUGAACAGAAUGGAAAUGAUCAGUCUAUUACUGAUUGCUCUAUAGCAACAACCGCUGAAUUUUCACAUGAUACAGAUGCUACUGAGAUAGAUUCUCUUGAUGGGUAUGACCUACAAGAUGAGGAUGAUGGGCUGAGUGACCCUAAAACAUCAAGCCUGUCAAAUGAGGGAAAAGCAGGUGAUCGUUCUUUCAGCCAGAGUAAACUUGAAGUGAUUGAAGAGGAGAGCACUCCAAAUGAGGAAUCAGGGGAAAAGGGAAAAACUAAAAGAUCAUCUGGGAAAAAAUCUGAAAAUGGGAAAGAUCAGGAGAAAAUAUAUUCCUUGGAGGGAAGACACCCUGAUAGACAAGGUUUUACAGAUAAUUAUUUCAAGUGCCAGCUAGAGGAGGGCAUAAACACUACCUUUAAAACUGUGGCCACUGAAGGCUUGGAUUUUGAUCCAUGGUCUGUUAAGGUAGGAGAGGAGGGAACUUCUGAGGCUAAAAACAAAGACGAAGAUCCAAAGCCCUGUGCUUUGUCUGUGGAUGACAAAUCACAAGCCACCACGCCAGAUACCACUCCAGCAAGAACCCCAACAGAUGAGAGCACCCCAACUAGUGAGCCCAACCCUUUCCCCUUCCACGAGGGCAAAAUGUUCGAGAUGACCCGCAGUGGUGCUAUUGACAUGAGCAAGAGGGACUUUGUUGAAGAGAGACUUCAGUUUUUCCAGAUUGGUGAGCAUACAGAUGGGCAGUCAGGGGACAAGGGGAAAGUGUGCAGGAGUGCGGGGGUAGUUGCCUCUCAUUCAAAGGCAGGGGAAAGAGCUGUAGAGGGGAAGGUAGAGGCAACCACAGACAUAACACCAUCCAGAUGCAGCACAGCGCAGGGCAACACUGACUGCCUGGACACAACUCCAUCCGCUGACACCACCUCAUGCACUGUCACAGCCUCGAAGGUCGACCCCAAAUUACGCACCCCCAUUAAGAUGGGCAUCGCUGCUUCCAUUUCUAUAAAGAAAGACACUGGCUCAGCUGAACUGACUGAUGUUAAGCCUGAGUCCUCAGAGAGUCAGAUGGCGGAUUACAUUAGCAUGGAGUCAAAAUUAACAGAGAGUCACUUUGAUAACAGGUGUACUGACUCUUCCCCAACUGGCAGGAAAGAUUACCCCUCAGAAAACUGCAAUAACAACAAUAAUUUAGAGUCCUCCAAUGUCCAGGCCAACUACAUCCAGUGUGGUAGCGUAGUAUUCAAUUUGCAAUCGUCUUCCGAACCCACUUUACAGAAAGCUAGUAGAAUAGAGGCUCAGUUCUGUAGGGAGUCUGUUGAGAGAGCAGAGAAAUCUAGCACUCAGAGUCAUCAGAGCAAAGUGGUCUUAGAGAACAAACAGACCAAGUCCAGGCUCCCAGUCAAGGCAACAGGGUUCAAUUUUAACAAGAACAAUUCAGGAAAGCAGAAACCUAAGCAGGUUGUGAGGCCAGAGGCAAGGAAAGUGGAUCCUACUCCCAUAACGACUGAGCCCAAAUCUAGAAUUCCUGUAAAGGACGUCAAAAGGUAUGAUGCAGGUAACUCAGCUGUUACAGCUCAGGUAGUUCCAAGGUCAAGUAAGCCCAUAGAGUCAGAAAGAUCAAUCAGGCCAGUAGUUCCCUCCAGGCUGCCAAUCAUAGACAGGGCAUCUAGUGGUUCAGAGGCAGGUAGAGCCAACCUUAGUGAAGUGUGUAGGCAGUCUAUUGAAUUCUUAAAGAAUGUUAGCGGUGAAGCAAUAAGGGUGGCCGAACGACUUUCAGACGAGGAUAAACAGACGCAGGGAGAGCAGUCGGAGGAGGACAGCAGCACAUCACGAAGCACUUCAAUAUCGGACCCCUCUCAGUCCCAGCCCUCCCUCUCCGCUGGCUCCUCCCGAGGGAUCACACCCACGAGGACAAAGGUCACAAGGGCAGCGGGCAGUGAGAGACGGAGGAGUAAGCGGACUGGAGGAGGGAAGGAGGGCAGUAAGAAUGAAGGGGCUCGCAGGUCGCCCCCCGUCGCGGAGAUCAAGCCUAGUCCACAAAGUCCCUGUGAGAGAACAAACCUUCGCAUGGCUAUUGUGGCUGAUCACCUGGGACUGAGCUGGACAGAGCUUGCUCGGGAGAUGAAUUUUUCUGUGGAUGAGAUAAACCACAUUCGCACAGAGAACCCAAACUCUCUCACAGCCCAGAGCUUUAUGCUCCUCAAGAAAUGGGUCAGUCGGGAUGGGAAAAACGCCACGACGGAUGCACUGACGGCAGUCUUGACUAAAGUGAACCGGAUGGAUAUUGUGACACUCCUGGAAGGGCCCAUAUUUGACUAUGGUAACAUUUCAGGCACCAGAAGUUUUGCAGAUGAUAGCGCUGUGUGCCAGGAAAAGGCGGAUGGUGACCAGAACAUCCUGGCUCAACUGCAGUCAACCACCAACCCCACCCCCACCACACCCCUUAACUAUCCCUCUAUGUCUGAUGACCUCGAACCCAUCUUAGACCUGCCUUUUGACCCUCCCCCUUACUGCCCUUCCUGGGGGCUAGAGCGGUACAACAAGGAAGAAUCUGUCACAAUCACCCCAUCCAGACCCUGUGACCUGCCCCUGUCGCAACCCAUAAAUAACCUUCAUACACACUCUGAAACAUUUGUAGAAAUACACACAUACUCUGAGACCUAUACUCACCCACACACACUCUCUGAGAUUUUCUCUGAUUCUCUCUCACACUCUCAGCUCCUUCGCAACAACCAAAAACAUGCAACACAACUCUCAACUGAUAUGCAUAAACCUGACAUGCAAACACUUGCCGAGGUUUAUCCACUGCCCCUUUCUCCACCAAACACCGCUGAACCUCUUCUUAAACCCUCAGCCCCUAUGUCUUCCUCAAACACAGACCCACCCUCUCUACUCGAGCAGGACCACCCAAUACAGGGCUACCAGGGGUCUCAAGACAAGGAACGGAGAGAAGAAAAUGAGGUUGAGAAAGAGAAAAUAGAAUCUUUUCACUCCCAACAGAACUCAUCCCUCACAAUGGAACAGAGUGACCGAACACACAUGGAAAAAGAGGAGUGCAAAAACCCAUCAUCAUCAUUACUACCAUUACCAUUAGAAGAACCUGAGGUUAAUAUGAGAGGACAGGAGAGAACGAUCCUGAAAAAUAUUCAAGGUCAUGAUAAGUCUAACCCUACUUUGCGACCCUGGACAGAGGUUCUAAGGGAGUCUGGAUCAGGAGGAGAGGAUGAGGAGGAAGGCGAGAAGAUACAGGAGCGACUGGAGGUGUCAGGAGAGAGUGAAAAGGAAGUGAUUGAGGAGAUAACUAAGAAAAAAGGGAGAGAGAUAGUGAGAGGUGUUGAACAUAUUCAAGAGUCUGAGAUGUGCUCGUUCUCCACAGGCUGGCUCACCGAGACCACCAACAUUAAUGUGGAACUGCCCACUUCAGGGCAGAGUCUCAGCUCAGAACACAUGGACAGACAGGACAACAGUCAAGAGAACUCUAGCGACUCUGUGACAUCAUCAUCUAGAGGGGAUUUGGGAAGACCUCGACAAAAUAUUGAGCACACCGACGCCCCACAGCUAAGCACUAUGCCCCACAGCUCAGCGUCUCAGGAACCAGCCAAUAGAGUAAAGACAAAGGCGGGCAAACAAGAGGGAGCUCUGAUUGCUGAGCACAAAGUCCAGCAGCGUUCAUCAACAGAAAGCGGCCUGGAAGAAGAGCGCACAGUCACCACCAAAGUAUUCCGUAGACGUCUCAUUCUCAAGGGAGAGGAGGCACGAAACAUUCCUGGCGAGUCAGUUUCAGAGGAACAGUUUAUUGAUGAAGAUGGAAACAUCAUCACCAGAAAAGUCAUUCGAAAAGUGAUUUGCCGUGUGGACACACCUACUCCAGAAAACCAGGGCUUGGGAAAUGGCACAGGGUCUCAGGGACACCCUGAUUGCCCUCUCAGGGCUGCCACUCUGGGGAAGAGCCACGGCCCCCUUGUCCCUGACAUCCAAACCCACCCCGCUCCACAUGCUGAGGGAGAAGUUUCCAAGGUGAGGAAAAAGGAAGAAAAGCGUUCAUCAGAGAGAAAGCAUUAUCCAUAGACUACAGGCAGGUAUAUUUUUUAUCUGUUUCCUGAGGAGCAGGGCUACAAGAGCUUAACUGAGAUAUUUGGCCUAAAACCCAUCUACAGCUUCCACUCUGAAAUGCAUGGUUUUCAAAAAGACCGAACUUUGACCUAUCAGCUUGCGCAUGAGCAUGCAUUUCACUCUCUGCGAACACACUUCUUGUUCCAAAGGGGUUUUGGUGAAUUCUACUUCCUGUUUGAGCUGGGUCAUGGUGAAUUCUUCUUCCUCUCUGUUUUGGGUCAUAUGUAACUCUGCUUUCUGUUUAUGGGUACCUAUGAGGUUGCACUUUAUUCUUCUUGAGCAUUACAACUUGUGCUGACAUGGACCAUCAAGAAAACUGACACUUUUUUUGUGCCAUGAAUAUCAGAUGAAUAAGGGACAGUUUCAAAAUAUCCCUUAAAAUCCCAAGUGAAAAAAAAAAAACACACACACAACAGUAACAUACACUCAAAUUUCCCUGUGACCAAAGAUGGCCUAAAAGCUCUUCUUCAUGUUUUAGGAGGGGAAAAAAACAGUGCUGUUGAUCAACACCUAGCAUUGGCCUUAUACACGUUACCGUGGACCCAUGACAUCAGGAGGAGGAUCCCUGUGUUUUGUUUUUGUUGACUUGUAAAGCAAAAAUACAUUAUGUGGUGGACUUUUCUGUACAUAAAUUACAUAAUGUAAAAAAAUAAUAAUAAUUUAGCAUUUAGGUUUGAAGAGAGCACUGCAAAAAUACACUUUACAAGUGCUUUCAUCAUUUUAAUGACAGUUUAAGUGAAACUUUAAUGCUCUUGUAUAGUUAAUUAUUAUAGCAGGUAUGUUUGUACUGUAUAUGAGAGAAGUUGGUUCAGUUUUCAGGGGACAUUUCCUUCCUUGAAAUCCUCUGCGAAUUUCAGCAAUUCCCAAAAUGGGAAUUCAUCAAGUUCUGUGAAAAUGUCAUUCAGAGGACUAAUAUUUCGAAGCAUGCAGUUCACCUUAUUUUAAGAACCUUUUUUCUAAAAGUUUGCAAAACGCUGUAUUUAAAAGACGUAUAAGAAAAUACUUUUUCUUGUGUACACUUACAAUUCUAACAUGUCUCAACUUUUUAUACUCCAAAAUGUCACCCUAAAAGCAUCCAUAAUGUAGAAAUUAUUAAGUGUGAAAAGCUCUUACCAGAUUGAUUCCUUAGGAGUUAAAUGUAGUGUCUGGUAUCCUUCAUGUGGAACAGCGUCUGCUGAUGUUAGCCUGAGCGCUGCAAGUAAGAGGUGUUCAGAAUGUAAAUGCUAGUAAUCUGCCUCUCUGUUCAACUAUCACUGUUUCAUGUGUAUUGGCUGUACAACGUAGAGGUCUCUCUCUGUCUUAUGGCUAUUUGUAAUCAUUAUUGGAAUGUCUUCAUACAUUUCCCCUCGUUUUCUUUUGAUUGCUGAGGUUUUAAAAUAGCAUUUGGGCAUUUUGUUUUAGGUUUGGUGAAUAGUUAACAGUUUCAUCUGAAGUCACAUAUACUUGUCUAAAGAUGUUCCAUACCUUUAUUACUUCUAGAAUUAUUACCUUAUGUAUUACAAAUGACACACAACGGAUUAACAUUAUAAUUUUUAGUAUUACAAGAAAUUGUUUCCGAUUAUAAAACUGUGAUAUAUUUUAGACCGGAGAGUCAAUGUGUUGCAGUGUUCUGCAUUGGUUUUGAUAAUAUAGAAUUUUUCUUUAGAGAUUACUUUUGUUUGUUUGUUUUGUUUUUCUCCAAUAGAGUUAGAGUAUUUUUAUCUUGUGGUGUGUAUGGUGUGAAAUAUCCUUUAGUGUGCUGAACUUUGCUAUGGACAUGAGAUAUAUUGAGAGACGUUAUAAGGAAACUAGGUCAUGAUGGGUUGUAGUUCUGCUUCCCUGUUACAAUCAAACUGUGUGAGAGGCCUGGCAUGGUCCAAUCAGUUGAUUUUGUUUGAUAUAAUCUGUUUUCACCUAAGCAACAUUUUUGAUGAUUCUUACAAUAAGUGAAGCCAUUUAAAUGUAACUAUAAUAGCACUUUGGUUAUUGGAGGUCUUCUCUUUUAGAAACUAGCAGCUAUGAUGCCACCAUAAUGUUUCAAAUGUCUUACAAAAACUGAUUUAAAAAUGAAAUAAAUGGAUUGAUUUUUGCAAAACUAUUAAUUUUUUAUUUUUUAUUCAUUGUUAUUUCAAAAAUUACAGGAUAAACUUGAUAAAACCUAAUUAUGA